AUGCGACACCCAGUUUCUUUUCAAUACUUAAGAGGCUACUCUCGAGGUGGGAAGGUGCAUCUCUCGAGUAAGUUCCGGAACCACGGUAUGGCCAGAUUGCGCAGUGCAGUGAAGAGGGUCGCGGAUGCCGUGGUAGAGUCCGCGUACUUCAAGAAGGAGAAAUUCGGGGGUGCAGGGCUCGUCGACACUGAAUGGGUGAAAACACUGGACAACGGGGCGUACUUCGAGUGGCUGGCAGAACAGACGGGCGGUGGCGGGUUCAAGGUAGGUGGGCACGGCCGCUCCCGGACUCCGCGUUUUUACCAAGUACCGGGUAGGACGGUAGGUCCACUGUCCCCCGCGGUUCAAAAACCGUGUACACCAAGGAUAGAGGUCCGCUGCGGUAAACUGAUCAACCCUCCAGUGGAUACAGUAGGUGGGUCGACGAUACCUUUCACCGUCGGAAGACAGUGUGGGAUCAGCAGGGACCAGAUAGAACCCAAGACUUACAGGGUCCAGGUCCUCGUAGGCGUAAUGUUGUCCUCGCAGACAAAGGACGAAAUGACAGCGAAGGCAAUGUACAACGUGAUGCGGCACUGUAUCGACUCCGUGGGCAGUGUCCAGGGGAUCACAGUCCCCGCGUUGCUCCAGAUCGACGAACGUACACUGGAUUCUCUGAUCAGCUGCGUUGGGUUCCAUCAACGCAAGAGCAAUUACAUCCUCCGCACUUGCCAGAUACUGGAGGACUCGUACGGCGGAGAUAUCCCAGAGACGGCACACGAAUUGCAAGCACUCCCAGGGGUCGGACCCAAGAUGACUUACUUGACCUUGCAGAAGGCGUGGGGGAAGAUGGACGGGAUCUGCGUGGACGUCCAUGUCGACAGAUUCUGUAAAUUGUUCAAAUGGGUAGACCCAAACCGUUGCAAGACGCCAGACAUGACGAGGAUCGCAUUGCAGGAGUGGUUGCCCUUGCCCCUCUGGAGUGAAAUCAACUCUUUGCUCGUUGGGAUGGGACAACUGAUCGAUAGACCGAGGGCCAAUAGAGUCAAAAUAUGCGAACAACUCACGGACCCGGCCGCUAUAGAAAUGGUCCAACAUAUGACAAGUUACAAAAACUGGGUCAAAUAUUUGCAGAAGGGCGUUAAAGAGGAGACUGGGGCAACAGAUAUGGAUACCGGGUCCCCAGUUCAAGUGAAGUUGGAGCCUUCCACGCUCGUGAGACUGGAGCCCGCCACAGCUGUGAAACUGGAACCCCUAGAUACCACGAUCGACUCGCUAACAGUAAAAGGGAAAACCGAAGAUACCAUGCGCAUCCAGAUAAAAACUGAGCCAGAUACAAGAACCACACUCUGA